UCGACUUAGUCUUCAUCAACAUCGACGCAAGUGUUGUAAACAAAGAAAUUAUGGCUCGUAUCGUUGAAUGUGUUCCAAAUUUCUCCGAAGGACGAAACAAAGAGGUGAUCGACGGCAUAGCACAAGCUAUUGCUUCUGUUGAUGGUUGUUCACUUCUUGACGUGGAUCCAGGCGUGUCCACAAACAGGACUGUUUACACAUUUGUCGGUUCGCCUGAGAGUGUGGUGGAAGGAGCUUUGAAUGGAGCAAGAAUGGCAAUGCAGUUGAUUGACAUGACAAGUCACCAAGGAGAACACAAACGGCUUGGUGCCUUGGAUGUCUGCCCCUUUAUUCCUGUCCAGGGUGUAACUAUGGAUGAUUGUGUUCAGUGUGCAAAAGAAUUUGGAGAGAGAGCAGCUAUAGAGCUUGGGAUACCAGUAUAUUUGUAUGGAUAUGCAUCUAAUACAGAACAUCGAAAAACUGUCCCUCAAAUUAGGGCAGGGGAGUAUGAAGGACUUGCUGAAAAGAUUAAAAAACCAGAGUGGAAGCCAGACUUUGGUCCAGUUGAGUUCCUUCCUACCUGGGGAGCUACCAUUGCAGGAGCAAGGAAGUUCUUGAUUGCUUACAAUAUUAACAUUUUGGGAACAAAAGAGCAAGCUCACCGACUGGCACUGAAUCUGAGGACACAAGGCAGAGGUCCCGAUCAGCCAGGUUGCCUUUCUGAAUGCCAAGGCAUGGGCUGGUAUUUGGAAGAAGCAAAUAUAGCACAAGUGUCUUUAAAUCUUCUGGACUAUCGUCAAGCUGGUAUGCACACUGCCUUUGAAGAAUGUGUGAAUGAUGCAAGGGAACUGAAGCUUGCUGUUUGUGGAUCUCAGAUUGUGGGUCUUGUUCCCCUGGAAGCCAUGUUAUUGACAGCUGACUUCUACAUUCAGAAAGAAAAUCUUUUUAUUGUAGGUGAAGAUCAAAAAAUUCGUUUGGUGAUAGAGAGACUAGGAUUGAACUCAAUCACUCCAUUUUAUCCUAAAACAAGAAUAAUCGAAUACAUGGUUGGUGAUGUAGAAGAUGGACCUCUCGUGUCGAUGCCUUUCCGACAGUUUAUCUACAGCUUAGGAUCUCGAUCAUCAGCUCCAGGGGGAGGAUCCGCAUCUGCGGCGAUUGCUGCUAUGGGUGCUGCACUGGCGACCAUGGUUGGCUGGUUAUCGUACGGAAACAAGAAAUUCGAAGCGUUGGAUUCACAGAUGAGGACACUUAUUCCUCCACUGAGACAAGCAAUGUUUGAUUUUAUUCCAAUGAUUGAUGCGGACACCAAUGCAUUCAGUGGAUUCAUGGAAGCGAAGAAACUUUCAAAAACUACUCCUGAAGAAGAGGAAAUACGUGAGAAGGCAUUGCAAGAUGGGCUCAGAUCCGCUGUUCAGGUCCCUCUUAAUGUUAUCAAAACAGCUACCAAGGUGUGGAAUCCGAUGGUAGAGCUUGCUAAAAUUGGAAAUAUUAAUAGCAAGUCUGAUCUGCAGGUUGGGGCUCGAAGUCUGGAGACAGCCGUGUGGGGCGCAUUCUACAACGUGAAGAUUAACUUAGAGGACAUAAGUGAUGAAACUUUUAACAAAGAAGUUCUUCACGAAGCGGAAUCCUCUUUGGAAAUUGCACAAGAAAAAUGCAAGGAAAUCUUACAGAUCCUAGAGGAAAGAAAAUAAACAACACCCCUGUGUAAUAGAAUGAGACUGGGGUGUGAUGGUCAAGAGAGCGAAAGGAGUUAACGCACCCACCUUCAAACUGGGACAAGGAAGAUAUUUGGCUGUUCUUAUUGAUUUGGUGAAUGUACUUCUACUCCUUUCCUUCACAUCUGCGUUGGGCUUGCUUCGUUGCAAAAUAUACACAUUGAUAAUCGUGGGAUCGUUUAAAGAGUUAUCAUUGAGUAAAAAAAUUAUGGUCAAAUUUUUAAGUUAUUAUCUUAGGCACCGUGUUCGAGUGGAUAAAAUCCGUUAAACGUAAAAAGUUUAAGAUAAAAGUUUUCAAGCUCUCAAUAGAAUAAGGAGUUGUGUUUUGAAUUGAUAAAAAUGUUCUAAUGAAAUAAUAGUAUAGUUUUUAUGGAAAUUUUGUACAACCUGCCAACGACACAAUUAAAUUUAUGCUUCCUAAACGCUGGUCUCGCUUAAAAACUCGUCUUUAAGUUGUUUCGAUUAAAUUCACUUUAAAGUCAGAUGUGAAAAAUAAAACUAUGUCGCUUUAUUUAUGCUGGUGCAACUUGCUUAUCGCAAAAACUAUUUAAAACUCUCUAUAAUACACAAUUUGUCGUGUCUUUUGGCGAUGAGCUUAGCCAGAAGAUGUUAUGUGAAUGUCAAGGAAAAACGCCUAGACGUUCGAAAGCGGCUUUGGCAAAUCUGAGUAAAAUGUUUUACUUUUUCCGACCGAGGACAUAAUUGUAUGUCAUAUUUUAGACAACAUUUGCUCCAUGAUUUACUCCUUCCCACACUCCUCCUCAUUUCCUCCCGGCUAAGAUGGUUAUAUUUUUAUCGCCUGGGCCAGCUGGAAAAUUUUAAGUAAAGUUUUAAUUUGAGAUUAAUCUCUGGGCUUGGUUUGGAUAUUUUUUCGGUUAGGAAAACUAAGACUUGAUACUGCCAUUCGUAUUUCAAGACUGAAUUUUUUGUCAAUUUUUAAGAAUUACAUUUUUUCAGGUUCAGUCUAACAGCUGUAGAUUCGAUUUUUUUCCUUUUCCUUAUCUUUGGUUGCUAUUCGUUUCACCUUUUGGCUGAAUUUGCUACAUAUUUUUCAUUUAUUUCGAUGGAGAGGAAAUUCACUCUCAAAAUAUCCGCUUAAUUAUUCAACUUUACCUCAAACAUUUGUCGGGCUCUUCGGCCGACAAAUCGAUUUCUUAUAUUGUAAGAGUAUAUUCUUGAUCAUGCAUUCAAUAUCUAAGUUGUUCUUGUUGUAACAUCCGCUUUCGAAUGAAGUUCUAACAAUUCGAUCGUUUUGACAUGUCAUCGAACAAUCUUUUAAUGAACAAUGCUCAAAUAACGAAGGAAAUAUUAACUAAGAACUCUUGCACUCCAAAAACAAGACUAAUAAACCUUAACAUCUUUUAGACAUAA